GCCGAUUGGCUGGUUGUAGUUGCCUGAGGGUGGAGGGGCUGAGUGCACCAAGGUGUGCGUAAAAAAAGGGGGACAUGUGCGCGCUCCGCGGUUUUCCAGUCAGGUGGCGCCCACUCACAUUCUUACCUCACUCCUCCUCAGUUUCACUCCUGACUCCGGACCUGAGUGGGAUGUAGGAGGCUUGAUCACACCGCGAUUUACUCGGUUUUUGCUUUGAAAUAAUACACGCGGGUUGAAGACAUGAGUGGUGUCACAGUUUGGAUGGAGGAUGUGGACAUAGCCCCGGGGGAGGCGCGAUCUGCCGCCUGGACAGAGGAACGCUGCGAGGAGCUGUGGGAUCGCGUGGAAGGAGUACGUCACAAGCUCACGCGCAUCCUGAACCCAGUCAAACUCACGCCGUAUCUGCGGCAGUGCAAGGUCAUCGAUGAACAGGAUGAAGACGAGGUGCUCAACUCCACGCAGUACCCCCUGCGCAUCAGCAAGGCUGGUCGCUUGCUGGACAUUCUGCGGGGUCAGGGUCAGCGGGGCCUUCAGGCCUUCAUGGAAUCAUUGGAGUUUUACCACCCAGAGCAGUACACACAGCUGACUGGAGAACAGCCCACACAGAGAUGCUCCCUCAUAUUGGAUGAGGAAGGUCCAGAGGGUUUGACCCAGUUUCUGCUCCUGGAGGUGCGCAAACUGAGGGAGCAGCUACGGAACAGCCGUAUGUGCGAGCGACGCCUGUCUCAGCGCUGCCGGAUGGCGGAGGAGGAACGCAGCCGCGCUGAACGUAAAGCGCAGGAGUUACGUCACGACAGACUGCAGCUGGAGAGGUUGCGGCAGGACUGGGAGUCAGCCAGCCGAGAGCUGGGAAAGCUGAAGGACCGACACCUGGAGCAGGCUGUGAAGUACUCCAGGGCCUUGGAGGAGCAAGGCAAAGCCUCCACCCGAGAGAGAGAUCUACUGAGGCAGGUGGAGGAGCUAAAGUCCAGGUUGACAGAGGCAGACAAACAAACAGUCGGUGCCCCAGAGAACACUACGCCAGCCAAGAGAAACAGUUUGCUCUCUAAUGGAGUAAAUGGCUCUCCGCCUGCUUUACCAGAAAAGCCACUACAGCGUACUGAAGUUCAGAAAGCUAGGAGUACUGAGACUCAGAUGAGGAACCCGGUUCCUGCCACUGGAGUCAUAGCUCUAAUGGAUAUCCUGCAGCAGGACCGCAGGGAGGCUUCAGAGCAGAGGCAGGAACUCUGCGAUGUUAUCACCAGACUACAGGGAGAGCUGCAGAGCACUGAGGAGCAAAGGGACAAGCUGGAGUUGCAGUGCGAGCAGCUGCAGCUGAAGGUGAGGACUCUGCAGCUGGACUGGGACACUGAGCAGAAGCGGAGUGUGUCCUAUUUCAACCAGAUCAUGGAACUGGAAAAGGAGAGAGACCAGGCUCUGCGUAGUCGAGACAGCCUGCAGUUGGAGUACACUGACUGCCUGCUGGAUAAGAACCGUCUGCGGAAAAGUAUCGCAGAGCUGCAGGCCAACCUGGAGCAGCUGCAGAGGGAGCUGGAGAGAGAGAGGGAGAGGAGUCGGGAGCAGAUGGAUCAGAGCAGCCACUGUCUGCACUGUUCCCACCUGUCUCUGUGGAGUGAGGAACAGUGUUACGGCCCCUGCUGCUCCCCCGGCCUGGACCUGAGCCCCUGGGCCAAUAGCAGCCACCAGCUGCUCAGAAAGAUGCCAUCUGGGGGCCAAGCCACUGAAAACUCUGAAGAUUCUCGCUCCAAUUCAGAGGAGAAUCUCCUGUUAUCAACAGAAGACAAUGAAAAGGAAAUUAAUAGGCUCUCCACAUUCGCCUUUCCUCCUUGUAUGAACUCCAUACACAGACGAUUCAACACAGAGUUUGACUUGGACUCCUGGGGCAGUGAUGAGAAUGAUAACAUCACAGGUGAACAGACUGAACCUUCUUUGUGGGAUUCCUGGCACUCCCUACACUCUCACCUCUUCCCCCCCGACCUGGUCAACCUGCCCACAGUCUCUUCACACCAACCAGAUCCAACUGUUCCCAGGAUCCCCCGCAGCUCCCCGUCUUCAAGUCCCCCCACCUUACCAAAGCAUGGAAGAGCCAGUCUAGCUGAUGAUAUCACAAUAGUCGGAGGAAACCGAACAGGGAUCUUUGUGAGCCAUGUGAGAGCUGGUUCCCCAGCUGAACAAUGCGGACUGAAGGAGGGCAGUGAGCUGCUGGAGCUGGAGCGGGUGCUGUUUGGUGGGGGCAGUGUCCUGCUGGGUCAGUGCACUGCUGAGGUCGCCCACUUUUCUCUGCAGUGGUGGACAGAGCCGUCAACGCUCAAACACCAGAGCAACCCUGAGGCAUUCUCAAAGCUGAGCUCCCAGCUCUCGUCACCUAAUUUUAUGGGGGCUGACUCUUUCUAUGUGCGAGUCAAUCUCAACAUGGAGCCCCAUGGUGACCCGCCGUCUCUGGGUGUGGCCUGUGAUGACAUAAUACAUGUCACAGACACAAGGUACAAUGGGAAAUACCACUGGCGCUGUUCCCUCGUGGACCCACACACAGCCAAGCCUCUGCAGGCAGGAACCAUGCCCAACUACAACAGGGCACAACAGCUGUUACUUGUAAGACUGCGAAAAAUGGCCCUGGAGCAAAAGGACUUCAAGAAGAAGGUGUUCUUGAAGAAAUCAUCUGGUCGUGUACGACUGGUGAAGGCAGUCGACCCCGGUUGCCGCGGGGUUGGUUCCACACAGCAGGUCCUUUACACACUCAGCAAACGUCAUGAGGAGCACUUGAUCCCUUACAGUUUAGUGCAGCCAGUGCAGGUUCAGACUAAGCGGCCGGUCAUCUUCUCCCCCUCUCUCCUCUCCCGUGGUCUCAUAGAGAGGCUGCUGCAACCAGCAGAGUCUGGUUUGAACUUCAACACCUGCCCACCAGAGCCUAUCCAGCCUUCAGAGAGACGAGAUAAGAGAGUGUUCUUGUUGGAUUCCUGCAGUCCAGAGCAGGCUCUGGGCAUACGGCUGCAGUCAAUAGAAGACGUCAUUAGCCAGGACAAGCACUGUCUGCUGGAGCUGGGGCUGCCCAGUGUUGAGGGCUUAUUGAGACAGGGGGUUUAUCCUAUUGUCAUCCAUAUCCGCCCUAAGAACAAAAAACACAAGAAGCUGAGGAAGUUUUUUCCACGGUGUGGGGAGGACAGUGUAAUGGAGGAGGUGUGCCAGGCCGAGGAGCUGCAGCUUGAGACACUGCCUCUGCUCUUCUACACCCUGGAGCCCAGCACCUGGAGCUGCACUGAUGAGCUACUGGCAGCCAUACGCAAUGCCAUCCACAGCCAGCAGAGGGCAGUAGCAUGGGUCGAACUGGAUAGGCUGCAGUAAAAGACAGAUUAACAAUGAGUACUGUACUUUAUAUUUCAAGUGCAAACUAGAUUCGCCUGUCUUUGAGUAAACAAUCUGGCAGCAAACCACAGUCAAGUCCCUACAGGAGAUUAACAUUUAGUGUUAGAUCAUCCCACUAUUCUAAGUGAGUGGACUAACAUCAAAAACAGAUGAAUUUGGAAUCUCAAAGGAGGCCAGAUUAGGCCUGUGCCCAUGUGUACAUUUCAUAAUUCUCAUCUAUAUAGUCAAGCUGGACUGGCUAUAAUGGGAGAAUAGAAUAAAAAAAUUAAAAAUAAGAUUGUCCCACAUGAGGAAACCACAUGUCAGUAAAGACCUAUCUGUAAUUAGUUGUUUUUAUCAAUAUGAAUUAUGCCAUGUUUCUUUUUUCCAUUCAUACAACUUGUUAUGCAUAAAGUUUUAUUACAUAAAUGCACUUUCAAAAUUAGAAUGGUGCCCAUUUGUAAGGCAUCUGAAUCACUGGUCACUGAGUUAUUUUAUGAGUGGAACGUGACGCUAAGACGACACAGAAAGGGACAAAGAGUAUAGAUCGAAGAGAUUGUAGCAUGUUGUAGGAAGAGAUGUAGUGAGGGUGCUCAUCCACAUUUUUAUUUGCAGUAUAGACUGUAUCCUUUUGGGCUGACAUUAUGUUUAGGACAUAAACCAGUUAUACAGAUCAUGCUUAAAGGUAUCAAACUGAUUUAACCAUAGUUAUAUGAACAUUUCUGGAUGUUCUUUAGGUGUGCUAUGUUUCAGCCAGUGCUCCUUUUUUUAUUGACACUACAUUGUAUGACAGAGGUUUUAGUUCACUAUGACCAAAUGGUUCUGUUUUGUUACUGCCAUUUUUUUUCUUUUGUAACCAGUUUAAAAAAAUAAUUAAUUAGUAUUAAAAAAUUGAGCUUUACUUCACUUGUGUGCUCAAAUACACAAAA